AUGAACUCCCAGGGCGCCCAUGAUGUGUCCCCUGAGGCCAUGCAGGCGCGGAUCCAGCAGGCGCGUCGCGAGGCAGAGACACUGAAGGAUCGCAUUAAGAGGAAGAAGGAUGAGCUGUCCGAUACCAGCCUUCGAGUCGUCGCCCAGCAGGCUCACGAGCCUAUCCCUAGAAACCAGCUGAUGAAAGCGAAGCGAACACUCAAAGGCCACUUGGCCAAGAUCUAUGCCAUGCACUGGUCCACCGACCGUAGACAUCUCGUCUCGGCCUCACAAGAUGGAAAGCUCAUUAUAUGGGAUGCCUAUACCACCAACAAAGUUCAUGCCAUUCCUCUCCGUUCAUCAUGGGUCAUGACCUGCGCCUAUGCCCCCAGCGGAAACUUUGUAGCCUGCGGCGGCCUCGACAACAUUUGCUCCAUCUACAACCUCAAUCAGCAGCGCGACGGCCCCACACGUGUCGCUCGAGAGCUGUCCGGCCAUGCUGGCUAUCUGUCUUGCUGCCGAUUCAUCAACGACCGCAGCAUCCUGACUUCCUCUGGCGACAUGACCUGUAUGAAAUGGGACAUCGAAACUGGUCAAAAGGUUACCGAGUUCGCCGAUCAUCUUGGGGACGUCAUGAGCAUUUCGCUCAACCCUACGAACCAGAACACCUUCAUCUCUGGUGCCUGCGACGCCUUCGCCAAGUUGUGGGAUAUUCGAGCCGGCAAGGCCGUCCAGACAUUUGCUGGCCACGAGUCUGACAUUAACGCUAUCCAAUUCUUCCCCGACGGACACUCUUUUGUUACCGGCUCCGAUGACGCUACGUGCCGCCUGUUCGACAUCCGGGCAGACCGCGAGUUAAAUGUUUACGGCUCCGAGUCUAUCCUUUGCGGCAUCACUUCAGUCGCAACGUCAGUGUCUGGUCGUCUGUUAUUUGCUGGUUAUGACGAUUUUGAAUGCAAGGUAUGGGAUGUUACCCGAGGGGAGAAGGUUGGGUCACUUGUGGGCCAUGAAAACCGCGUGAGCUGUUUGGGUGUAAGCAAUGAUGGCAUUAGCUUGUGCACAGGUUCAUGGGAUUCUUUGUUGAAAAUCUGGGCAUACUAG